CGCAAGUCUCACUAAGUAAACUGUCUUGAAAAUUAACUAGGGAAUUGGAUGUGAUUGUGAGUAGGACGAAAAAAUUUCAAAUUUGAUACUAUUUCAAUAUUAAUUAUCUUAAAAGAGUUUUCUUACUUUUGUUAUAAUCAAUCAUAGUAAUAAUAAUUAGCCAAGAUGGGUCGUGUUAGAACUAAAACCGUUAAGAGAGCUUCCAAGGUCUUAAUCGAAAGAUUUUACCCAAAGUUAACCUUAGAUUUUGAAACCAACAAGAGAUUAACUUCUGAAAUUGCUGUUAUUCAAUCUAAGAGAUUAAGAAAUAAGAUUGCUGGUUACACCACCCACUUAAUGAAGAGAAUUCAAAAGGGUCCAGUUAGAGGUAUUUCUUUCAAAUUACAAGAAGAAGAAAGAGAAAGAAAAGAUCAAUAUGUUCCAGAAGUUUCUGCUUUAGACUUAUCUAACGGUCAAUUAGAAGUUGAUGCUGAAACCGCUGAUUUGAUCAAGACUUUAGGUUUCAAGAUCCCAGUUCAAACUGUCUCUAUCUCUUCUCAAAGAGGUCCAAGACGUUUCACUAAGAGAAACUAAAUUAAUUAAUUAAUUAAUCUAAAAGGAAUAUUUCAUCCACCAUAUAUUGAAUAAACUUUCUAAAUCAUUUUUCAUAUAUUAUUAUCAUUUAAUUUUGGUUGGAAUAAUAUUUCAUUUAAAUUUGAUAAUUAAUAAAAUCAACCACCCCCCAUCAUCUUCACACAUUCUAUAUAUAUAAACUAAAAAAAGGUUCUAUAUACAUGUAUACGUAAUAUAAAAACAUAUAAAAAAAUCUAUAGGUAGAUUUUUAUCUACCACAUUGUAAAUCUAAGUAGUUGAUAUAAAUAUAUAUUAUAUAUAUAAUAUAUUUCACUCCCAUCGGAAUUUCGUCUGUAUAUGGCUAAGAA